CUGGCAAUCCUAGCUUAAGAAACCUGGGUCAAGAGGCUUUCUGCUCUACGCUCACUCACCUGUUGUACGUGCGCGUAUUGUAAAACGUUGUUAAUUGCAGUCCAGUUCGCAUGGCGUCCGCAAAAGCGUCGCUUGACUUUGUGGGCAUUGGUUGUAACCGAGUCAGCCAGGCGGCAGAUGCGGCGGCAGACGGACUUGUUGCUUUUGCUGCCAACCACUUUGUCGCAUUGUAUAGACCAGAAGCUGCGACAUCUCACGGCACUAUUUCCACGUUGCGUGGUCACAGGGACCGUGUUAACUGCCUCAAGUAUCUAAGAAGAGGAUCCGGGAGCGGACAGCGUGAUGUAGGACUUGUUUCGGGAUCUGCUGAUAAGACCCUUCGAAUAUGGAAGAAGAUUGGUGAUGACCAGUGGAUUUGUUCGGCAGUCUUGGAAGGACAUACUGCUGGAAUAACGAGUAUCGGCGUUGUAAGGGGACGAAACAUACCUGGAGACUUGGACUUGAUCGCCUCUGCGGCAUCUGAUGGGACAAUAAGAAUAUGGGAGAGAUUAGAGGGAAAUGAGGAUAUCGUCCGCUGCGUUCAAGUUCUCUCGGUGGGUGCUAGAUAUGCGAUGUGUCUUGCCCUAGCAUACCUCCCAAAUUCGACAGUACCUGUUCUCAUUAGCGGCGGCACAGAUAGCCGGAUGACUGUAUACAUAAGGGAGCGAAAGCAGUUUGCCAAAGCGCUUGAGUUGCAGGGUCAUUCCGAUUGGAUCCGAUCACUGGAUAUAGCGACGUACACAUCAGCAGAUGAUGAUGACAGACAGCAGCCGCACUUCCGGGAUGGCGACUUGAUGCUUGCAAGUGCCUCACAGGACAAAUAUAUUCGUAUUUGGAAAAUAUCUGAUGCAGCUGGGGAUGUUGCCACCAACGGAGACGUAGAUGAUUUUACAAAUCAAAUGAUGAACGCGUUAGCGGAUGCCGGAUUGGAAGAUGGAGGGUUCCAACUCAGCACGAAAGCCCAUCUUAUAGAGGUGGAGGACAUCAAUGACAGUUUGAUCAGCAAGCGCAAAUACACAAUUAUGUUUGAUGCCCUGCUCAUGGGACACGAUGAUUGGGUCCAUAGUGCCGCAUGGCAAGCACCGCUCAUCGGAGUCGAGGCGAGCAACUCCUACCAUCAACCAAUGGCACUUGUAUCGGCGUCAGCCGAUAAAUCCAUAAUGAUUUGGCGACCAGACCCAAUAAGUGGCACUUGGAUCAAUGAGGUGCGGCUUGGUGAAAUUGGCGGUAGCACCCUUGGCUUCUACGGGAGCUUGUUCAGCCCCAAUGGGAACUGGGUGCUGGCCAACGGUUACAAUGGAGCCCUUCAUGUCUGGUCACAGGCGAGUGAAAAUGAAUGGACACCGCGGAUCGGGAUCAGUGGUCAUUUUAAAUCUGUUGAAGAUCUGAGCUGGGACCCAUCGGGACAGUUCUUUGUCAGCACAAGCUUGGACCAGACGACGCGAUUGUUCGCGCCAUGGAAGCGGGAUACUGCAACCACAUGGCACGAAGUUGCGCGGCCGCAGAUACAUGGGUACGACUUGCAUUGUCUAGCAUUUGUCCACAAAUAUCAGUUUGUAAGCGGUGCUGAUGAAAAGGUUCUUCGCGUGUUCGAGGCACCACGAACCUUUGUUCAGUCGUUGCAAGGCUUGACCCAAGAAACUGAGCAACCGACGUCCAUAGAACAACUACCGAUUGGCGCCAGCGUACCAGCUCUGGGACUUUCCAACAAGGCGGUAUUUGAAGGGGACAUGAAAACAGCUGAAGCGUCCCAUGACUUCAGAAAUCUGUCAGCAUACACAGCCGUAGCUAGCACACCGACAUCCUUACUUGAAGCGCUGACUCAACCACCAUUCGAACAACACCUUUUGCAACAUACAUUGUGGCCGGAGACAAACAAACUUUACGGGCAUGGCUAUGAAAUCAUCAGCGUUGCUGCCAGUCAUGACGGCAAUUUCGUAGCCUCUGCUUGCAAGGCUGCUAAAGCAGAGCAUGCUGCGAUCCGUCUCUGGUCGACAAAAACCUGGAAGGAAGUAUGUGCUCCUCUAGCCGCACAUAACCUAACGGUUGCAGGCAUCCGCUUUUCUCCCGACGAUCGUUAUAUUUUGACGGUCGGCCGUGAUCGCGCCUGGGCCUUGUUUCAACGCACGGACGACCUACAGUCCUACAGUCCUGUGGCUUUCCAAGCGAAGGCGCAUAUGCGCAUCAUCUGGGACGGCGCAUGGUCUCAUGAUGUGCGCUUCUUUGCCACUGGAUCUCGGGACAAGACUGUGAAAAUAUGGGCUAAACAAUUCGAUGGUACCUCUUGGAAAGCACUCACCACGCUGAAAUUUGGGGAGGGAGUGACGGCUGUAGAUUUUGCCCCUCGCCUGAUUGCCAACAGCUACAUUCUUGCCGCGGGACUGGAAGACGGGCGGAUACAAGUAUUCCAACUCUCGCUAGAAGACAACAACGCGUCAUGGACGGAAUCUGUUUCUAUACCGCUUGACGAUUGCCACGCAGGCCCCGUGAAAUCAGUAGCAUGGCGAACACGAAGAAUACAAGCAGACGAGCGGAGUUCCACGUCGACUGAAGUCCUCCAGCUGGCUACUUGCAGCGAAGAUCACUCCGUCCGGUUAUUUAGCGUACCGUUUUCCACAGCGUAGCCUCCGUCAUAUACACCAAAGGUACAUAGAAGCAGUGUAGAUAGUGAAGCAUUAUCAACCCGAGUACAUACAUUUAAAUUAGAUAUGCUGCAGCGAUGGCAACCUAUACAAGAACUAUGCCCGUUAUUAGGCCCUUAUUUCGAGGAAAUAGAGGAGCUCCUG